UCUCCGGGUAACGUUCAGUACACCCUAAACCAUCGUCGCGGUUGGAAGGUCUCUAGCACCUACACUCACGCACGUGUGCAUACACACACGCAGCAUACAAGGGAAAGAGAGAGUGAGUGAGUGAGUGACAUUAAUCGUCGCUUCGUUUCACGGAUGAAGUCUCGCCACUCUCGUCACUCCUGCUCUCUCUUUACGCUCCCUUGAAACACCAGCCGGGCUGAGUAUUUUUACCGAAGGACCAUCCCCCCGACUCUUCGUCCUCAUCGGCGUGGAGCUUAAAAUCCGGACUGCGUGCAACCGGGCACAGUGUCGUGGGAAACAAAAGUGGAGGGUGGUGUGUUUACCGUGGUGACGACGAGGGUAUUAUCUUGACAGAACCGAAACUGGUCAGGUCAGUAACACGGGAUGCGACUAAAGUCUUGCCUCGUAGCCUUCUAUUUCCUGUUGCUUUCGAUCGUCUCGACCUACAUAUCUCCUGCACUCGGUUCUGAUAUACUUCGUUACAAGCGCUCGAGGCAUCGUUACUUCACGGCGAAAGAUGACGAGGGAGUGUCGGCCUCCGGCGGAGCCCUGUCCACGACGUCGGCUUCGAUGGACGGUGCAUCCGUGGACUCGGAAAACCGGCACGUUCGCGAGAACAGCGGAAAUCCGUGCGUGGAGAAGUAUUGCGGCGCGGGCAAAGAGUGCCAGGCGGACGGCGGGACCGCCGUGUGCAUUUGCGUUCGGAGAUGCGCGCGGAAGCAUCGACCGGUUUGUGCCAGCAACGGCAGGGUGUACGCCAAUCACUGCGAACUGCAUCGCGCGGCCUGCAACACCGGCGCGUCGUUGACCACGCGGAGGCUCACCAGAUGCCUGAGCAAUGGUAAUUACAGCGCGCAGGCACGAAAGGAUUUCUUCGCGUACCAUGCCCCAACGUCCAAAGGCAAGGACAUCUUACACGCCAAGUCCAGGAACAAGAUGAAGCAUCAUCCGGCGGGCAAAUCGAUCCCGCGGAAGGACGGUACCGAGGAGUGUUGCGCGCAGGAAUACGAAAUUAUGAAAGACAACUUGCUUCUCUACAGUCACGCCAGAUUAAUGUCCGAGGACAAUCACAGCAAGGAAUACCUGGUCAGCAUCAUGUUUUCUCACUAUGACAGAAACAAUGACGGCAAUUUGGAGCGGGAGGAGCUCGAGCAGAUCGCCGAGGAGGAAAAUAUGGAGGAGCUGAGCGCGGGGUGCAAUUUGAGCCACAUGAUUAGUUACGACGACACCGACGGUGACGGCAGAUUAAACGUUAACGAGUUCUACAUGGCCUUCAGCAAGCUUUACAGUGUAUCGGUGGUAUCGCUGGAUAAAUCCCUCGAAGUAAAUCACAUAUCCGCGCGAAUCGGGGACAACGUGGAGAUUAAGUGCGACGUUACCGGGACACCACCUCCGCCCUUGGUGUGGCGGCGUUACGGCACCGACGUCGAGACCCUGAGCGAGCCGGAGAUCCGCGUCUUCAACGACGGCAGUCUGUAUCUGACGAACGUGCAAUUGGAACACGCCGGUAAUUACACAUGUCACGCUCUCAGUAACCAGGACGUGGUGCAGACUCACAUGCUCACCGUGUACACCAUACCCGAGGUCCAGGUGACGCCGCAGUUCCAGUCGAAACGGCCGAAGAGGACGGCGAGAAUGAGGUGCCACGUGGUGGGCGAGCCUCUCCCACGAGUACGAUGGCUGAAGAACGACAGGCCUCUGAGCGAGGAUCCGCCGGAUAAGUACGAGGUAGUGGGGAACGGCACCAAGUUGCUGAUCAGGAAGGUCGAUUACGCCGACACCGGGGCCUACAUGUGCGAAGCUACCAGCGCCGGAGGACUAACGAGGGAUAUUAGCAGCUUGGUCAUCCAGGAACAACCUACGCCGAUCGCAACCGAGGAGGAACGCAGAUUCUUCUCCUUCCACGAGUGGGGUAUCUUGGUGUACGAACCGUCCACGUGUCACGCGUUACACGAGAUUCGAUCCACGGACAUCAUACCCGGUACCCAGGAAUACGUUUGCGGGCCGAAAAAUGUCCCGUGUUCUUGGGGACGUGCCAUAAAUAUCGCCAAUCGAUACGUAUACGUCAGCCAACCGGAUAAAGAUCGCGUGCUGGUGAUCAGCGAGGUGCAGAUGAUGAUAAUCGAUGUGGUGGCUACGGACAAGAAUCCCGUGGACCUUUGGUACGUGAAGAAUCUCGACUACGUCUGGAUAUUGAACUGGAGGAGCGAGAUGGACGUGGGCAUCAAGACCGUGCAAGUGAUCAAGGAGGCCGCCCAACGAAAGAAACACCACACCGUGCGGCCGGAGCCUAUUGAUGCGCAAUUCGAUCUCGUGAAAGGCCUAUACAUUCCGCAGCAAAGUGAUACAGAGCACACGUUCAAGUACGGUUACGUCACCCAUACGAACCAACAUGGAAUGUACAAACUCGACCUAGCCAAUAUGAGAUACACUCGCACCGUCAACCUGGCCGACUACAAUUGCGUACCGGCGAGCAUAGAAUUUUCCGAUCUAUACGGCUUUGUGAUACUAGAAUGCGAAGAGCUGAUUACCGGACACCCGACCGGCCAAAUGCUGCUGGAUUACCUCACUGACAGUGUUCUCGCCCACAAACCGAAUAUCUUAGGGAAACCAGCGGUCUCUCCCGACUCCAGAUAUCUGGUCACUCUUGAUAAACAGGACACCGGUGUGACCCUCGUGGUGCAGGAGAUACUACCGGGCGGAUUAAAAUUCGCAUUCGACGUGAAAACAACGUUGAAUAUCAGCGAUAUCGCUUUCUAUCCGUCGCAGACGACACACAGUUACGACAUAUACGCCUCGUCGAUAGAUAAAGAAGACAUCCUCUUUCUGGACUUAACCACUGGUAAAGUGGAAAUGAUAACGGGCGUGGGAAAGGCGACACCACCACACCUCACCAAGUGGGGCAACCCAAACAGACCGAUAAUACAAAGCGGUAUAUUCGGUCGAUAUAUGGUAAGCCCCUCCAACCAGGCACUCUUUGUUCUUAACGGGGAGACCCGUACGGUGAAUUGCGAGAUCGGUGGCCUUAUACAUCCCGGCGCGAUUGUCUGGUUCACAGUUUCGCUACGUUAACGAACGUAGCCGCGCGACGACGACAAUACAAGACGUACGUAUUAUUAUAAAUUGAGUAUAUAGGGUACCAAAACCAAUAUCGAGGAAUUUUAGACGAAGUUAAAUGGGUAAAUCGGUGCGCGCUCGAACCUCAUGAAUGCCUUUGCCUUCUAGUCCUUUAAUCUUCUGGUCAAUUUUUAAAGUGUUAAUUUUAGUGUUAUUUUAAUUAUUUUCAGAAUUAUUUUUAAUGUUGUUUAAGUUAUUUUUAGAAUGUUUUUAUGUAUCGCGUCUUUCUGUGAUUUAAGAAAAGGAGACAACGCAAUUUCGAAGCAGCAAAUAUAGCAACAGUGAUAUCGAUGAAAGAUAUACAGAACGUUUUGUACUUCGCAAAAAUCAGUAGUUAAUAAAAAAAUUCCUCAGAAAUCUGCUAUUAAAUUAACACGAGAAGCAAUUCUUAAUAACGUUGUAUUCAGAAUUAUAUCAAUACCGACGAAAUGAUUGAGGUUGAGAACAUAAAAGCUGCUAUAUUUACAUAUGCAUUGUUAAUUCGUAAUGAAUUAAUUAAUAUUUAUUGUAAUUAUUACAGUAGUGACAUAUUCGCUCUGCAAAUGCUUAUUUAUAAAAAAAAACCCGAAGACAUUUGUCAAUUCGAGCGUGUAACAAGCGAUGAGAGAAAAGAGGAAAAACGAAAAAAAAAAUAAAAAGAAAGCAAACGUGACGAAGAGAGAUGGCCAUAAUAAAGAAACGAGAAUAAUAAUGAUAAAUUAAUAUACAUAACAUAAACAUGGAAAUGUUAACAAGCUAUUAUUAAAUGUACGACGAAAUGAGUAUAUCGAUUAAAGCGGAUACAUCAGCGAAUGAAUGGUUAAAAAAAAACUUAUCGGACAACUUGAAUCUUUUCUUAAAUAUUAAACUUCUCGUAUAAAUUACUUUGAGAUAACAGAAGUAUCGGAAAUGAAUCUAGAUCCUUCAAAACAAGGUGACGCGUCAUUCGUUGAUACAUCUACCCAAGCGAUAAUAUUGAAUUCGGUUGGAUAUACUAACGUGUACUGAAGAUCAUAUAUAAAUUGGCAUAAAAGCAUAUGCUGGCGAUUUCAAAGGAUCAAGUAUAUGUAUCCUGUUAAAUUUGCGUAUCGAAGUAUUUGCUAAAUCCGUUAGUAAGUCUAACCGAAUUCGCUAGUGAAGAGAUUAGAAAAAUGGUCAGAAACGCUAGAUUCUUCUUACGACUCGAGGAAACUGCUAUAGCGUGUGACGGUGGUAGCAUUCUUUUAUACCAAAUAGCAAAUUCUUGGAAUCUUCGAAUCGGUUUUGUAACGUUUUGUCUAGCUGAGACGUUCGAAUGGCGAUAUUGAUGAAGCAUAUGCGAUAUCAGGUUUACGAUGUAACGUGUUAUGUAGCGUGUAUAUAUAGAUACAUUCGGCAAAUUCGUAGCAAUUCGAAAGCGCGCGUGAAAACGUCAGUAUUACGCCGAUUUUUGCGCUGAUGCGAGCGAUCGUACGUUGGACUGCGAUUAGUGUCUUGUAAUAAAAAAUUGCAAUACGGUUAAUUAAUUUAAUAAAUAACCUGUAAACCUAUAA